UUACUUAGAUGCUGCUUCUGAUAUGAUUGCAAAGGCGAAGAAUUAUUAUAUGAGUCACAUUAUUGCCGAGAACAAGAUAUCCAGUCCGGUAGAUUGUGCAGACAUAUUGCAAAAUGGGUACAAUCAAAGUGGCAUUUACACCAUUUGGCCAAAGAGUCGACUGACAAAUGAAAAACCACUCAAUGUAUUCUGUGACAUGGACACUGACGGAGGAGGAUGGACAAUCCUGCAAAGAAGAGGGAAUUUCAACAGAACAAACGAUUACUUUGUUAAAGAUUGGAUCAGUUACAAAAACGGCUUUGGCGAUAUAGAAAAAGAUUUUUGGAUAGGCAAUGAUAACAUGUUUGCUUUAACCAAUCAACGCCUCUACUCGAUUCGAUUUGACCUGACGGAUGUGGGAGGUGAAAGCAGACACGCCAUCUACGAUACCUUCUGGAUUGAUGACGAGUCAAACAAAUACACAUUGCACAUUAGAGACUACAAUGGGGAUGCUGGUGAUUCCAUGAUCUCGAACCACGACAAUCAAAAAUUCACAACACAGGAUCAAGACAACGACAAUUUCGUUGAUGGGAAUUGUGCUGAAGCGUAUAAAGGCGGAUGGUGGUACAAUUUGUGUCAUUCGGCCAACUUGAACGGUCUAUAUUUGAGAGGAACGCAUGAGAGUUAUGCGAUCGGAGUGAACUGGGUCAGUUGGAAAGGCUACCACGAGUCUCUAGAUGCUACAGAAAUGAAGAUACGACCGAAGAAUAUCCGGAAAACUCUGAACUGGAUGGACACGAUAGCAAUUCAUUAAAAUAAUUUAUAUUACUCAUUUGCUUAGCUCAAGUAUUUGCUGUUGAUAAUUUUAAAAUUAAACAUAGUAUGAUAGAUUAUAAGUUGUUAUAAACGAACCG